AUGUCAGUGUCUACCAGUUCUAACAUUGGUUUAUCAAGGGCGACCCCUAAUGCCACCUUCAUACCAUCCGCUGUCAUCCUCAAUGGUAUCAGCCUCUUCAUACCAGCCACAUUCUUUUCCUUCUUCUGUAUUCUUUGCAGUCUUUGUAUUAAACUUCUUCUUCUUUGUAUUUUUUGUUCUCAGUUCAUUCUUGUUGCUGAUCAACUUCCAACUGGUCUGAUUGCUUUCAGACAGGUAUGCAAUACUUUCGCCCAAAGAUCGUGUCUCACCGAAACCACUGCCGGACAUAUACGGAGCCUUGUGCAGACCAACAACAAUAUUAAUAACUCAUCCUUUACUCUUCGGGAGGUUUCGAAUCAGAAUCCCAGAUUUCCUUACAUGGUUCGUUUGCUUUCUGCUGAUUCAUUUGCGGUCCCUUUUGCUUUAACUUCCUUCUACUUGCUGUUGGCUUAUUUUUCCCUCUUCUUCCUGUUCAGAGUCUUCCUCUUCGCCAGGGCUGUAUUUGCCUUAUUUCUUAUUAGCAUCACGGCAACUUAUUUUCUAUCUAACCUGACUCUCUUCACUUCCUCUCUCACUGCUUUGAGCAAUUCUAUGAGACGGACUUUAUUGGGGUUUGUAUGUCCCUUCCUCUCUCUCUGUGCCUCUAGCAAUUAUUACUACAUUUAUCUAUUGGGGUCUAUAUUUAUCAUCAGCAGGCGAUCAUUCUCUCUUUAUCCAACCUGUCUUAAUAACUUUCUCAACAGCAGGCGAUCAUUCUCCAUUUAUCCAACCUGGCUCAAUAACUUUCUCAACAGCAGGCGAUCAUUCUCUAUUUAUCCAACCUCAUUUCUCAAAUAUUUAAAUUUACGCACCUGUUUGAUUUUGAUAUCUCCUGAUUUGUAUCUAUCUAUCUAUCUAUCUUGGUGUUUGUAUCUAUUUCAGUGUUUUUGUAUCUAUCUAUCUAUCUAUCUAUCUAUCUAUCUAGCUAUCUAUCUAUCUAUCUAUCUAACUAUCUAUCUAAUUCUUAUAAUUAUCUUUGUCUAUUCAUAUCUAUCUAUCUAUCUCUCUAUCUAUCUAUCUAUCUAUCUAUCUAUCUUACAGGUGUUACGCUUUCAAACACCCUGUAUAAUUAUCUAUCUAUCUAUCUAUCUAUCUAUCUAUCUAUCUCAGUCUGCUCAUAUCUAUCUAUCUAUCUAUCUAUCUAUCUAUCUAUCUAUCUAUAUAAAUCGAUUCUCCCGUCGGGUUCGACGUAUGAGGGUCAAGCAGAUCAGUUUCCAGGAAACUGACAGCCCGACACCGGCACAUGAGAUUCGAUUAUAG